AUGAUUAAGAUAAAUUAAGAAGAUUAAAUUAUUUUAAAGGCAAGUAUUAAUUUAAAAAACACUAAAAAUCCUUUACUUAAUGAAGACGAAGAAGAUUUAAAUAAAUAAGAAAUUUAAAAAUAACCUUAAAUUGUUCCUAAUAAAAUCUAAGAAAAUGAAAAAACAGAAGAAGAUAAAAAAGAAGAUAUUUAAGAAUUAUUACCAGAAUUAAAUAAAUAGGAAGAUAAAAUAGAAAAUUUAGAAGAUUUAGAAUAAAAAUUAAAGCUAUUAUAAUAAAAAUAAAUUAUGGAUUUAUAAUAAAACUCAUAAAUAAAUUAUAUAGAAAAAAAAGUAAGAUAAAAUGUAGUGAAUUAAAAUCUUGAUAACAUCUUAUAAAGUGAUAGAAUGUAUAUGAUCUAAAAUGAUGUAAAAGGAAUAAAAUAAUAUCCUUAACCUGAUGAUAUGGAUUAAAUAUGCGAAGAAGAUUUAGAAAAAGAAUAAGGAAGAGCUAUAGUAGAAAAGGAAUACUCAGUUCCUAUUAUGGAUAUGAAUGGAGAAAAGCUAAAAGGCUAAUUACUAGUAUAUUUAUAUGACUAAGACUAUAGUGUUACUGGAUUUAAUGAAUUUAACUUAGUUUAAAGAAGUGAUGAAUUAAUUUCAAUGAUUGAAGAAUUUGAAUAUGGCUAGGAAAAGGAGAAUAUUUUAAGCUUAAAAAUUAUUGAUUAAGAAAAAUUAAGUUUUUUUUUACCAACUAAAUAAAGAAUUAUUUUAAUUUUUAAGUUCUUGACUUUUAGAGAUUUUAAAAGUAAUUAAAUUGCCGAAAAUUGUUCAUUAAAAAGUAAAUAUCUUUAAGAAAACACUCAUGAUAGGACUAUUAACAUUAAUAUUACUUGCCAAAAUACUCCUAGCUGUAAUUUAGGUUUUAAAUUAUAAGUUUAACAUUUAGAAAAAAUUGUUGAUAAUGCCUUUAAUAUUUAUACCUAAUAGGAAUAUUUAAUAUGA